CUGUCCAAAGAAGCGAGAAGUGUAUUCCAAACCCGAGUGCACACUGCAGGCGCGAAUCUGAUGGCCGCACUACAAACGCCUUCCCCAUUCGCCGGCACCGCCCGCCGCUUCGUCCCUCGCCUCCGCUAUCUACUCCUACCAACCACCAUGUCUCUCUCCUCCUCCAUCGUUUCCUCUCGAAGCCGCGACGGCGACGGGGAGCAGCCUCUCCUCCCGCACUCGAGCCUCGAGAUCGCCGGCGCGCGGCGCGGCCUCCUCGCUGGCUUCGACAGCCUCCGCCGCCCGUACCGCGCCUUCCCCGUCUUCGCGUCCAACCGCCACGUCGAGACCAUCUUCGCGGCCUUCACGCGCUCGCUCCCCACCGUGGCAUUCCGGCGCGAAUGCCUACGCACCCCUGACGACGGAGCCGUCGCCCUCGACUGGGUCUCCAGCGACGACCGCGCGUUGCCGGGAGACGCACCUGUGCUAAUCCUUCUGCCUGGUCUGACAGGGGGCAGUCAGGAUACAUAUGUACGACAUAUGCUUUUGAGAGCUAGAAGCAAAGGAUGGCGUGUUGUGGUAUUCAAUAGCCGUGGAUGUGCAAGUAGUCCUGUGACCACAGCGAAGUUCUAUUCUGCUUCAUUUACUGGAGAUCUCCGUCAAGUAGUCGAUCAUGUUUUAUCCCGUUAUCCUCAAUCUAAUAUCUAUGCUGCUGGCUGGUCUCUUGGAGCAAAUAUUCUUGUGCGCUACCUUGGCGAGGAGACUGAUAAAUGCUCCCUUUCUGGAGCAGUGUCCAUGUGCAAUCCGUUUAAUUUGGUCAUAGCAGAUGAAGAUUUCCACAAAGGGUUCAACAACAUCUAUGAUAGAGCACUUGCUAACUCUCUGAGGGCUAUAUUUAAGAAGCAUGCACUUCUUUUUGAAGGAUUGGAUGGUGAAUAUGACAUACCAAAGGCAGCCAAUGCAAAAACUGUUAGAGAUUUUGAUGAAGGCCUAACCCGAGUUUCAUUUGGUUUCAGGUCAGUAGAUGAUUACUACAGCAACUCAAGCAGCUCAGAUUCUAUCAAGAAUGUUUCCAUACCCUUAUUGUGCAUACAGGCGGAUAAUGAUCCAAUUGCACCAUCCAGGGGAAUUCCCAGAGAAGACAUCAAGGCAAAUCCGAACUGCCUACUGAUAGUAACACCAGAGGGUGGUCAUCUUGGAUGGGUAGCAGGCGACGAAGCUCCAUUUGGAUGUCCUUGGACUGACCCUAUUGUCAUGGAGUUUCUAGAACAUGUUCACAAUGAAACGGGCUCAACCAGCAAGAAUAGCGUGGCCAAUGAGCCGCAGGGUGUUCCAAAGACAUCAGUCCCACACUUGUCCGAACAUGUGCAGGGAUAGUAACAUUGUGUUUCCACUCGAUGCGCACGUUUUAUGCGCAUAGUUAGGCUUCACUUGCUGUUCUGCAGCUGAAAUGUGCUACACUUGCUCCACCAACACGAAGGUUCUGAACAUGUUAAAAAUUUAUUGGCGUCGGUAAUCCAUCGCUGGCUCCCCAUUUUACUGUCAUUUCGACAUGAAGUAUUUAUUUGCCAUUUGGAAGGCUUGCUGUAUCAAACUGCACCAUGUUGUAUAGAGUAUUUCGACCGCAUUCAUCCAUGCAUGUACCCAUCACCCCCUCUUGUAUGUGUUCUCACACUGAUCCCAUGGAAAUGUACAGGCAGUCGCUUCAUCCAAUCCA